AUGUUACCAUCAAACUCAAGUUCGGCCAAAUUCAUAUGCGUCUGUAGCAAGCACAAUUUUGGCCGGCCACAUAAUGUUUCGAGGUCAACAUGGUAUGAGCAUAUUCAACAGGCUGAGACAACAGCGGAGAAAGAUAGAAUUCGAUCAGCCCAAGCAUUGAAUAUACCAGACAUAGACAGUGCCAUCUUGAAUCUCCCUCCUCUGAGUGGGCAACCUGCCCAAGGUUCUUCCUCGGGUCAAUGUCCUAGUGACUGUCGUGCUGUGAUGAUACGAGCACUUGCCAAGAUUGCUCAGGAGAAUGCUGUUUCGAAGUGUACUGGAUGUCACAAAUGUGCCUGGAUUUCAGAGCCUGAUGAUAUGUUAAAAGAUCUGUCUAUGGACCAAUUUUCGGGUGAAUUUGACUCCCAUGUUCCUCCUGAUGAUUUCCCCAUGCUGAACAGACUACCCAUCCCACCAAAUGAGCCACCCAUCCCACCAAAUGAGCCACCCGUCCCACCAAAUGAGCCACCUGUCCCACCAAAUGAGCCACCCAUCCCACCAAAUGAGCCACCUGUCCCACCAAACGAGCCACCUGUCCCACUGAAUAAGCCACCCAUCCCACCAAAUGAGCCACCCACCCCACUGAAUGAGCCACCCAUCCCACCGAAUAUCCCUGCUGAAGUCAAUGGGCACCAGCUGCAGUAUCAGUUCAUUCUGCAGUGCCACCCACGGCCUAAUAUCGACAUGGAGGCACUGGCUGGGAUAGCCAAGCUUCCAAAGAUCAAGGAGACUAUGGAGUACAUACUGGCGCUGAAAAAUGCAUCACUAGAAGAUCUGAUAGCGAAAUUAGGUGAUGACGCACUCGAGAGACUGUGCAAUCCACCCAAAGGGCCCGUUACUAUAGAUAGCCCAGGGAUUCAGCACAGCAUAUCCAUGUAUCUUGCAUUAGAGCAUGCAUCCCAGGCGGCCUACAAUCGGAUAAUGAGAUCUACGACGCUCAACUUUGCAGGAGCUGAUGGUGUUGAUGAUUUGCUGAGUUUUUAUAAAGUCGAGAGACUUGUUGCUGAAUAUACUGGUGUCGAAUCAAUCAAGCAUGACAUGUGCUUGAAUUUGUGCUUAGCUUUCACGGGCCCCUUUGCUGAUCUCAAAACCUGCCCAAUGUGCGACACAUCUUGA